AUGUUUCUACUUUCCCAUUUAAUAACACAAGAUCAAGUUCAAACGUUACAAUCUAAAAAUGAUUCCUUACAAGCUGAAAAUAAUUCAUUACAAGAAGAAAUUAUGACCCUAACAGAGUUUGAAGAAAAUGCGCAAUCUAAUAACGAACUGUGGGCUGUCGUCCAAAAGGAAUGUUGGGAGGCCCAGAAAAAGGUUAUUCAACAAGAUGAAGAAAUUGUCGGUUUAAAGAACGAAGUAAAACAACUGAAGAGGGAAAAUAAAAGCACUACGUAUAGUACAAAAUAUUUUGAAACUAAAUAUUAUCAUGCAAUGAGUGUUAUACACAAAUAUGGUAUAAUUGUUAUUGACGAUAAUAUGCCCAAGUUUCCUUCAUUUGUACCUUCAUCUUCAUCUUCAUCUUUUUCCUCUUCUUCUUACGAUCAAAUAUUUGUUGCUAAUGGUCCUGAUUAUAUUAAUGAUAAUAAUGAUAAUAAUAAUGAUGAUAAUAACGUUGAUAAUAAUAUCAAUAAUGAACAAUAA